UUGAACGAUCCCAGGACGAGGCUUGGAAGCGAUUCACGGCGAUAUCCGUAGAGCACCGCGGCACGCACUUGAGACAGGACGCGGAUUGGAGCCUAGAGGCGGCAGAGUCAGGUAAACUAGUUGCAUCUUCCUUGGAGCCUCACGCAGGGCUCUUCAAUCGCCGCGCCAUGGCCUCCUCCCUCCCCACCGAGCUCGGCAGCACCAUCCAGGCCGGCCAUAUCAGAAGACAUCCGGACCCUCGACAAGACAUUGCGCCAUCUACCGCCGCCGACAAGAGCCAGUUGGUGGAUUUCCACGGUGUGCGACGGAGUGAUAUCGACAACGACGAUGACGAUAUCCCAUACAGCGUCUUGCGACCUCCAAAGAAACACUACAACCUCCCGCCCCUUCCAGACCUGCGGUUCGAGCAGAGCUAUCUCCACAGCAUCGCCAAGGCCGAUACAUGGUGGAAAGUAUUGCUCAUUACAGCUAGGGAUCAGGUAUUGAUGCCUUUGGCCCAGGGUGUCUUACUCAACUUGGUCUUGGUUGGGUGGCAGCAUUGGAACAAGAACGCUAGAGUACACGGUGACUCAAUAGGCAUUCGCCUAAGGAGAUGGUGGUAUAGCGUGAAUAAUUGGAAACUGCCCGCCCCUAAUAGGAGACGUAUGUAAUGAAACAUGGUGGUUGGUUAAAAAUGAAUGCAAAUACUCAUGCUCCAGUCUUGAGUAUGUAUU